UUGGCUCAGAGGCUGUUCACGUGACCUUGACUCGAAUGGCUGCUUUCGCAUGUGGCGUGUGGCUGUAUUUCUCCGUGCAUGUACGUUUAAAUAUCGAAGUUUGAAGUAGAACGCCAUAAAAUUGGAACUGAACAAGAAGACCCUAAGUAUUCACUAUAAGAAAGAGGAGUGUAGGUGUGCGAUGAAACCAAAGAAGCGUGGGAUCCAGGUGAGGGGCACCUGGAAGGCGGUGCCGGUUGAUCCCAGUGUUUUCUCCGAGGAAAAUAUGGAUGGACUGGUGUGCUUUGAGGAGCUGACAAAUUACCGCCUGGUGGAUUCUAAGGCUGCCAUAAAGGAGAACAAGAAAAAGAAGGGCAGGGAAGCCAAGAAAAGAUCAGCACGUGACAGAGAGGGCGGCAGCGAGGGGACCUCCGACAAGGAGCUGACAACACCGGCGAAAAAAAGGAAGAAAAAGAAAGCAAAGCUGAAGGAGGUAGCCGAGGGAGAGGAGAAUGGCGAGCGUGAGGAAGAAGGUACCCAGGAUCCUGAUGACAGCAAGUCAGAAGAGACUGUGGAGGCUCCUGGGGUGGACAGCCUGAGCGAUCUAACAAAACCGACGAAGAACAAGAACAGAAAGAAGGUGAGAAGGACAAAGGAAGCAGGAGAACAGAAAGCGAAGGAAGCUACAGAAGAAGAGACACCUGCAAAAGUCACUCCGCCUCCCAAGAAGAAACCCAAGAACUGGACCAAUGUGACACUUUCUCACUCCUUAGACCGAGAGACAGACUUAUCGGCGUGGAAAGAUCUGUUGGUUCCAGAACCGGUGCUGCAGGCUCUAGGCUGCCUUGGCUUCAGCGCUCCUACACCCAUUCAAGCUCUGACCCUGCCCUCUGCCAUCAGGGACAAGAUGGACAUUCUGGGAGCUGCUGAGACCGGAAGUGGUAAAACACUGGCAUUUGCGAUUCCUAUGAUUCACACCAUCUUGGAGUGGAGAAGAAGACAGGAGGCGAUGAGCCAGGUGCCACUUGGAAGUGACAGCAGCCCAGUUCCCAUGGAAGAGGAAAUGCAGACAGGAGAACACGACGACGGGGAGGCAGAGCAAGAGCCAGAUGAGGAUGAAGAAGAAACCAAACUGCAGGGUGCUGAUGACGAUGAAGAGGAGGAAAAUACACAGGCAAAAUAUGACGAUGAAGACUUUGAUUCUCAGGAGCUAGGGUGUGUUAAAGUCAUUGAGGAUGUGGAGUUUAUUGAUGCUGAUGGUGAGAUGAGCACAACCAAGACCCAGGCCAGUCAGAAACAGCCUCUGCUGGGAUUGGUCCUCACUCCAACGCGGGAGCUCGCUGUUCAGGUGAAGCACCACGUGGAUGCUGUGGCUCAGUUCGCAGGUAUAAAGACGGCCAUUGUUGUUGGUGGGAUGGCCCCUCAGAAGCAGAACAGGUUACUGAAACGCCGGCCUGAAAUCGUGAUUGCCACUCCUGGUCGCCUCUGGGAGCUGAUCAAGGAAAGACACCCACACCUCCAGAACCUCAGACAGCUCAGGAGCCUUGUUAUUGACGAAGCAGACCGCAUGGUGGAAAAGGGCCACUUUGCUGAGCUAGAGAACCUCCUGGAAAUGCUGAACAACUCUCACUUCAGUCCUGAGAGACAGACAUUUGUGUUCUCUGCCACGCUGACCAUGAAGCACCAGCUUCCCAGCCGCAUAUUCCAGAAGAAGAGCAAGAACAUGGUCCAACGCGACAAACUGGAGACUCUCAUGGAGAAAGUGGGCAUCAAGGCCAAGCCCAAGGUCAUUGACCUAACCCGGAAGGAGGCCACGGUGGAAACGCUGACGGAGACGCGAAUCCACUGCGACAAGGAUGAGAAGGACUUCUACCUGUACUACUUUCUGCUCCAGUACCCAGGCCGCACCAUGGUGUUCGCCAACAGCAUCGACUGCAUCAAGCGCCUGUCCUCGUUGCUCACCAUCCUGGAGUGCACACCUCUACCUCUGCACGCCAACAUGCACCAGAAACAGCGGCUGAAGAACUUGGAGAGGUUUGCUGAGAAGGACAGAUGUGUCCUCCUCACCACAGAUGUGGCAGCCCGAGGCCUGGACAUUCCCGACGUCCAGCAUGUGAUCCACUAUCAGGUGCCCCGGACAUCAGAAACGUAUGUGCACCGUAGCGGCCGCACGGCAAGAGCCACGAAAGAGGGCCUCAGUCUGCUUCUGAUUGGCCCGGACGACAUGAUAAACUUCAAGAAAAUAUACAGGACGCUUGGAAAGGAUGAGGAGCUCCCACUGUUUCCUGUACAGACUAAGUGCAUGGCAGAAAUCAAGGAGCGUGUCAACCUGGCGAGGAAGAUCGAGAAGAUCGAGUACCACAACAGUAGAGAGAAGCAUCACAACUCCUGGUUCAAGCAAGCAGCGGAGGCACUCGAGCUUGAGUUGGACGACGAUGUUCUCCUGGGAGGGAGGAAGGACACACAUGAGGAGCAGCAGCAGCAGAAGGUGGUAAAGAGCCUGAAGAAACACCUCAAGUACCUGUUGCAGCAGCCCAUCUUCAAGAACGUGAUGAGGACCAAGUACCCCACCCAAAUGGGGAAACUGGCACUGCCCGACCUACCGUUGGCCAAGUAUGAGAGCGCUCUGGAGAGCCUGAGCAGCCAGGGACGGAAGGAAAGAGAGAAACAGAGGAACAUGAAGAAGAAGAAGAAACAGCAGCAACAAGAUUGAUUUACCUUUUUAAAAACUUUAAUUUGGACAGAUGCUUUAUAAAGCAUUUGUAAUACUGUUCUAUAAAAAGAAUUGAUCUUUC